GCUCGAACACUCGAAAGUUUUAUGGACACUUUUGUUUAGUACACAUUUAUAGAACUUUACAAAAACAAAUAAUUGUAUUACACAUUAAAUUGAGGAAUGGAUGCGUUGGACUUUUUGGAAACUCCAAUUAGCACGGGCACCACAAUAAUGGCCGUGGAGUUUGAAGGUGGCGUCGUUAUUGGCGCUGAUUCGCGCACCAGUGCCGGCAGCUUUGUGGCCAAUCGGGUGACGGACAAACUCACUCGCAUUACGGAUCACAUCUAUUGCUGCCGCAGUGGCUCGGCAGCCGACACACAGGCUAUUGCCGAUAUUGUGGCCUAUUCGCUGGACUACCACGAGAAUCAGACCGGGCAGCCGGCUACAGUGCUCGAGGCUGCCUCCGAGUUUCGCAAUUUCUGCUACAACUAUCGGAGCUCACUGCUAGCUGCCAUGAUUGUGGCUGGUUGGGAUGAGAAGCUUGGCGGCCAGGUCUACAGUGUGCCAUUGGGAGGGAUGUUGGUGCGCGAGGCUUGCGCCAUCGGUGGAUCUGGCUCAUCCUAUAUUUAUGGAUUCGUUAAGGAGCACUACAAGCCUAACAUGCCACUGGAGGAUUGUGUUGAAUUCGUGAAAAAAGCUGUAAAACAUGCUAUUUUUCGAGAUACUGCCUCGGGGGGCGUAGUGCGCAUUGGUAUUCUUACCAGGGAAGGUUUUGAGCGUCGCUUGUUCUUUAACACAGAAUCUGGCGAAUCGGUGGUACAGAAUACGCUCGAAUUGAAAGUGGAAUAAGAAUUUGGCAGAAGUUUAAAUAAAUUUAGAGUGAAAGGUGACAAUUUUUACCAAA